AUGAAGGCCAAGCUGAAGGAGAGGAAAAGGUGGAAGGCAGCUGAGCAAGCCUGGCAAGAAGAACAGGUGCAACUCAAGGCCAAGAGGGUGGCAAGAGAGAAGGCUGAGGCUGAGAGGGCAGAGAGGGAGAGGGCCAAGGCUGAGAAGGCAGUGUGGGAGGCCAAGGAGAAAAGAGUGUGCAAGGAGGAAGAGAGACAAGAGGCUGAGCAUAAACACAAGGCCAAGGCCAGCAAGGGUGAUGAGGCUGGUGCUGGGGCCACUAGUAGUGAGGCCAGGGGUGAGACUGCAGUCACCAACUCAGGUCAGAUCACCAAUGCCCUCGAAGUGAUUCUGGAUGAAUCAUAUGGGUAUGGGAUGCCAGUCUCCCCAUCAGACUCAGGUUCAUCUGAACUCAACCCUGAAGAACUGUGCAAGGAGGCCAAAUGGCUGGAAGCUGGUGGAAAGGGCAAAGAGGCUGAGGGGGAGGGCAAGGACAUGGCCAAGUAG